AUGCUUUACGACCCGCUUGACGAAAUGAAAGCUUAUCUUUCAUUGAUUGUUUAUGUUGCAGAUAAACCAAGAAAUUUGUGCCGAUCCUGCAAAUUAUCUAUUCAAGCUGGAGAAAUCGAGGUCUAUGAUAUGGAAGCUGGAAGAAUCGGCUACUUUCACUUAAACUGCUUUAAGCCGAUUAACGUGACCAGAAUGGAGCCUGACCAUUAUAGACUUCAACUAACAGAUCCUUUACACAUUGAAACCUUUCAAACAUGGCUAUCAAAUUGAAAUAAAAAUUUCCCGAUUCCCUCUACACCUGCGAAGUUGUUUGAAAAGCCAAACACAAAAGCUUCACAAAUACAACCCAGAAUCCUCAAAGAGAUUUUCAAGUUUUUAUCUCCUAAAGAACUCAUUCUUGUAUCACAAGUAUGCAAAGAAUGAUACGAAAUUUCCUUAAAUGGAGAAGUGUGAUGUUUCUUGGUAAAUCGCGACUUUCCAAAAGCCGUUUUUUGCGACUCGUGGAUAAAUUCAUAUUUUUAUAAUUAUAAUAACGCAUGCGUGGAAUGUGGGGAAAUAAAAGAAAAUGGGAAACACUGCCCAAUUUUGGAUAGGAUGAUAUGUAAAGAAUGCCGAGCUUUCAAAAACAGAUUUUCUGACAAAUAUGGAUUAAUCCCAUUAAAAGCUAUAAAGAAGCUAUAUAACUUGAACGAUAACUGGAUCAACAAAAGGAAACUAAAGUAUUUCAAGACUUCAAGAAACCAAAAAGUGACAUAUAACUUUUUAUUGUGGGAAAAAAUCAAUGAAACAAGAUAUAUUAUGAAAGGGAAAAUCUUGGAAAAUUUGAAAAGGAAUUGUAAAGAUGAACAGUUAAUCGGGUAUAUUAAAAAUAUCGAUCUGAUGAAUUUAUAUAGACAAGAUUUUGUUGGAGAAGAUAUACAUAAAAAUUUGGCAAUAGACCACCCGAUAUCCUGACAUUUUUUCUUCAACACCAGCAGGGGCUAGUGUGAAGAGGAAGGGCAGAAAGAGGUUGAGAGUCCUUUGUGUAUAUCGGAUUAGGUUUUUCUCGGCCCUAAGGAGAUAUAGAGGUUGCCCGAUGAUGGCGCUCAAUGCGCCAUCAUCGGGCAACGCCGAAAAGGGCUCCACACGGGAAAUGGGUUCCACGUGUGGAGCCCUUUUUGACACGUGGAGAAUCCUCACUUCCACGCGCCAAAAAGGGCUCCACACGUGAAACCCAUUUUCCCGUGUGAAGCCCUUUCUGGUGUUGCCCGAUGAUGGCGCAUUGAGCGCCAUCAUCGGGCAACCACUAUAGUCCUGGGACUCUGAGUUUUUGCCUUUGAGACCAUCAUUGGAAAGGUAGGGCCAGCAGAAGUCCCGAGAGGGCGAUAAAUCCCUCGAACAGGGCUCAAGAUGUGAUAUCUUCUAACGAGAAACUGGUAGUUUUAAUCCAGGUGAUGAGCCUAUAGGCUUCAGAAAUCAUGGAAAUCCAGAUCGGUCGUUCGAAUCCCUGAAGGUUGUCUGCCGGGAUCUCUCAGGGAGGAUGAGCAUGCAGUGGUAGAAAUCCCCAAGAGCGAACUGCUUAUUAAUCUUAAUUUUAAAGUUGGAGAAGAUCUCCCUGUCAAAAGAGCAACAGCAGAAAGUACAGUUAAAUUUUUAAUAGAAGCUCAAGAUGGAAGAAAUUACUUCAGCAAAUAUUAUGAAAGCAUUGGGAUGAAAAAAGCAAAGAAGUGUUAG